AUGUUGCUCCGGCUCGCGUUCGCAGUGUGUGCCGCCGUGCUCAACCACAUGCCGGCGUUCGUGUGGGUGUUGAUCGACUUCAUUUCCGACGUGUGUCUGUUCUGGUGCCGCCAGUGCUACCUGAUGGUGUUUGACCGCCACGACCCAUUGAAGGAGCUGAUCACGCGGUUGAAAAACGUCGAGACGUUCCAUGAGUGGAAGCUGACCGUCACCGAGAUCGACCGGUUGACUAACAUGAACUUGUGGCGCCAGAACUUCAUCCUGAGGCACUACGACUAUAUGCUCAUCAACGACCGCAUCCAGAACUUGAGGGAAGCCAGAGACGGCGACGAAGUCCUCAAGUUGAUGCUGUUGUUGCGGCUGGGGCUCAUCCGCAACUUCGGCGGUAUUGCUCAAAAGAGGCUCUACCUAAAGGCGUAUUUGGGCACCAAAUACUUGAUUGAAGAGUACGUGAAUGAGGUGCUUGAGUGCCUCCAGUACUUGCUGGAGCUGAUGGACUUGGCCGAUACCGAUAUCAUGAACCUGAAGCAGCUUAAACUUGACUUCUUCCAUGAUGCUAGACAACUGUUUGGGCUGUCGGCGUUAUUGCUCCAAGGGGGUUCAUUAUUUGGUUUGUGCCACUUGGGAGUGGUCAAAGCUCUCUAUUUCAAAGGUCUUCUACCCAGAAUCAUCGGUGGUUCCGCCGUGGGAGCGGCGGUGGCGUCGUUGGUCGGGUGUCUUGUCGACGACGAACUCGUACCCAUUUUGCUCGAUAUCGGUAAAGUUAUGGGUAAUGUCGACCGCCUCAACCACGACGUUGAUGAGAGAUACGGUAGCGUCAUCGAUAACGUGGUGAAAAAGGGGUACUCGCAGGAUAUCUUGCUUUUCCUCAAAUUUGUCCGCGACCAAGUGGGUGACUUAACCUUUGAGGAAGCGUAUUUGAGAACGGAAAAAAUCCUCAAUAUCGUCAUCCACCCGACCAAUAAACUGGUGCCACCUCUCCUCAAUUAUAUCACUGCUCCCAAUGUGAUUAUCUGGACCGCCAUCUACGCCCUGAUAGGUACCGGUGUCUUAUCAGAUAACGUGUGUCUCUACGUCAAAGACUUCAAUAAUGACAUCGUCCCUCGCAAUCCAGAGUUGGAAACCACUUUUUUAAAGCCGCAGGACGUGUCGUAUAACCAGCAAUACUUUGGUGGACCCAACGCCGCUGCCAACUACCUACUGGGCCAUACCCCUUACGCUCGACUUACCGAGUUAUUCAACGUCAACCACUUUGUCAUCUCCCUCGCCCGUCCCUAUUUGGCACCGUUAAUCUCCAACGACUUGAAGCAUCAGCUGAUGAAAGCCCUUAAACUGCCAAAGCACGCUAGCGACCACACCACCAGCGCCACCUCUGAGAACUUCCACGCAGCGCUAGUGGAGUUGGAAAAGUACAAGACUAGCCACCUAAACUUGGUCAAACGGUUUAAGCAGGUGGCGGGGCUCGAGAUCCAACAUAGGCUCCAAGUAAUGAACAAAUUGGGGAUAUUGGGGGAUAUGAUGAAACGGUUCUUUAUCGAUGAGAAGCCAACGUCGAUGCAACUGUUGGCCCUGAUCAGAGAGGUGACCAUUGUCCCCGAGCUCCGCUACCUUGUGCGGGACUUUUCUCGCGUGUUCGACGUUCAUAAAUCGAUGGAAAACAUCCCCUAUUGGAUCUUUGUGGGCGAGCGCCUGGUGUGGCCGUUGUUCCCGUUACUCUGGACCCGGUGUCUGAUUGAGUUUGCCCUUGAUGAUCUUUACCACAAACACAGAAAGGGGUAA